AUGAACAGCAUGUAAGUUAUAUUGUCCAAUGUUAAAUACCACCAACUUAAACUGCAUUUUAUCCCUAUUAUACUAACACAUACAGUAAGUUUGUAUUGGCCAGGCCUCUGGGACUUUGUUCAGUUAAGUUCAAUACACCUUCAUUGGUCUUAGAGCUCAUUCAUUGCUCUCAAAACACCCUGAAAAGACAGUUGGUCCUAAUUUUCUCCCUAUACCCCAAUCCUUUGAUGUUUGCAGAUCUAAAGGUUAUGAGUAUAUAACCCUCUAGAGUCGAUUGACUCACCGGUGGAACCAAUGAUGUCGGGUCGUAACGCGGAAGAGACACCCGGUACCAGCUGUGUCACUGUGAAUAUAUUGACCUGAGACAGCCUCUCAUUUGCAAUUCUGUGAUGCGAUGGUGGCCUUUUCUCAUUUUGGGAUGAAGACCGUUCUCCGUCCUCUCUCCUCCGUCCUCCGUCCUCCGUCUCCUCCGUCCUCCGUCCUCUCUCCUCCGUCCUCCGUCCUCUCUCCUCCGUCCUACCGUCUCUCUCCGUCCGUCCUCUCUCGUCCUGGCGCCUCUCAUCUCUGACCGUCUCCGUCCUCUCUCCUCCCUCCUCCGUCCUCUCUCCUCCGUCCUCUCUCCUCCGUCCUCCGUCCUCUCUCCUCCGUCCUCCCUCUCCUCCGUCCUCUCUCCUCCGUCCUCCGUCCUCCUCCUCCUCUCCUCCGUCCUCCGUCCUCUCUCCUCCGUCCUCCUCUCCUCUCCGUCCUCCUCCUCUCUCUCUCCGUCCUCUCUCCGUCCUCCUCCUCUCCUCCGUCCUCUCUCCUCUCCUCCUCGUCCUCUCUCCUCCUGUCCUCUUCUCCUCCUCCUCCUCCGUCCUCUCCUCCGUCCUCCGUCCCUCUCCUCCUCCUCCGUCCUCUCUCCUCUCCGUCCUCCUCCUCUCCCUCCUCCUCCGUCCUCUCUCCUCUCCGUCCUCCGUCCUCUCUCUCCUCCUCUUCCUCUCUCCUCUUCUCGUCCUCCUCCGCCUCUCUCUCUCUCCUCCGUCCUCCGUAUCUCUCCUCCGUCCUCCGUCCUCUCUCCUCCGUCCUCCGUCCUCUCUCCUCCGUCCUCUCUCCUCUCUCCUCUCUUCUCCGUCAUCUCACCUCCUUGACGCGGAAAACCGAUAAGUGGCGGAGGAGUGUUUCAAUUCGUUAGUAGGCUAACAGAAGACUCCUCCCUUCCACUGAAGCCCUUCAUCUACUUGCCCAGAGUCAGAUGAACUCAAGGCAGUGUCACAAAUGGCACCCUAUUCCCUAUAUAGGGCACUACAAGCCUAUGGGCCCUGGUCAAAUGUAGUGCACUAUAUAGGGAAUAGGGUACAAUUUGGGAUGCAGUCCAAGUGAUGCAUUGGUUAAUAAUCGAAUAUAAACUAUAUAUACAAAAGUAUGUGGGCACCCCUUCAAAUGAAUGGAUUCGGCUAUUUCAGCCACACCCGUUGCUGACAGGUGUAUAAAAUCGAGCACACAGCCAUGCAAUCUCCAUAGACAAACACUGGCAGUAGAAUGGCCUGUACUGAAGAGCUCAGUGACUUUCAACGUGGCACCGUCAUAGGAUGCCACCUUUCCAACAAGUCAGUUCGUCAAAUGUCUGCCCUGCUAGAGCUGCCCCGGUCAACUGUAAGUGCUGUUAUUGUGAAGUGGAAACGUCUAGGAGCAACAACGGCUUAGCCACGAAGUGGUAGGCCACACAAGCUCACAGAACGGGACUUCAGAGUGCUGAAACGCUUCGCGUGUAAAAAUCGUCUGUCCUCGGUUGCAACACUCAUUACCGAGUUCCAAACUGCUUCUGGAAGCAACGUCAGCACAAUAACUGUUCGUCGGGAGCUUCAUGAAAUGAGUUUCCAUGGCCGAGCAGCCGCACACAAGCCGACGAUCACCAUGCGCAAUGCAAAGCGUUGGAUGGAGUGGUGUAAAGCUCGCCGCCAUUGGACUCUAGAGCAGCGGAAACGCGUUCUCUGGAGUGAUGAAUCACGUUUCACAAUCUGGCAGUCCAACGGACAAAUCUGGGUUUGGCGGAUGCCAGGAGAACGCUACCUGCCCCAAUGCAUAGUGCCAACUGUAAAGUUUGGUGGAGGAGGAAUAAUAGUCUGGGGCUGUUUUUCAUGGUUCAGGCUAGGCCCCUUAGUUCCAGUGAAGGGAAAUCUUACCACUACAGCAUACAAUGACAUUCUAGACGAUUCUGUGCUUCCAACUUUGUGGCAACAGUUUGGGGUAGGCCCUUUCCUGUUUUCAGUAUGACAAUGCCCCCAUGCAGAAAGCGCGGUCCAUACAGAACUGGUUUGUCGAGAUCGGUGUGGAUUUGACUGGCCUGCACAGAGCCCUGACCUCAACCCCAUUGAACACCUGAAUUGGGAUGCAGACUGCAAGCCAGGCCUAAUCGCCCAACAUCAGUGCCCAACCUCACUAAUGCUCUUGUGGCUGAACGGAAGGAAGAAGAAGUCCCCACAGAAAUGUUCCAACAUCUAGUGGAAAACAUCUAGUUCGACAAGCAGGUGUUCACAUACUUUUGGUCAUGUGGAGUACCACGGUGUGUGAAGCUUAGCGAUAUCUCCAGCUGAUUCUACAGUAUUGAAUGUUAUCUUAAACAGAUUUUAAAACCCAAUAAAAAAAACUAUAGAUGUAUUGCAAAAGAGUAAACACAUGAAAUAAUAAUUGUUAUUUAAAAAUGAGUCGUGAGACACCCUCUGAUUGGCACCAAGCCUAAGAUCACAUUGAAAGCGUCAGCUGGAGUGGUGUAAAGCUCACCAAGCCUAUCAGUGUAAGGUGGGGCUCUCCCCAUGUCACCGAUAGGCCUGUGGGCCACACUAGUUCAUUUAGCAAGAUUUCUUAGAAUUCCAUGACAUUAUUUUAUAUUAUUUUAUAGUAAUGAAGAAUACAAUUGGAACAAAGCCGAAUAAAAUAGAAAGGAUAUUUUCUCCAAACGAUUUGAGGGAGUGUGCACGUGCGGCUAUUCUUUGUUGAGCGGUUAGCAAAUAAAUAGGUACUCCCAUAUGCUUAAUUUAGAGUUAUUAAUGUAACUUUAAUUGUUCUACAAACAUUGGGCUACACUUCAUCAGUGUCUCAUUCACAAUUUGACAAGCUCUUGAUAAUGCCUCGAAUUUCCCGGCAGCGUGGCGGUAAUAAUCCCAAAAGUUGUGGGAUGUGAUAGAUCCCAAAUUAGUACAAUCACUAGCAUAAAAAAAUAAAGUUUUAUUUAAUGAGGCUGACGUAACAGAUCAGAACAUUUAGCUUAAAAUGUGAUAAACUAUUAGACUAUUUCUUCACAUUAUAAGCGCAGCAAUGUGCACACGGCAGUAGGCUAUAAGCACAAUGUUCCAUUAGCAGGAAAACACCAUUAUCAAAAGUGACCGCAAAUGCGAUUAUGCAUGUAAUGCUUUUAUUGUAAAGGUGCAUUUAUAUGGUGAAAAUGAUAUUCCCCAAACUUGAAACCCACGCGCUGCUUACAGUAUGGAUGCCAGUUAGGCUCUAAACCCCUUGUAAAGUGGAUGAAUGUGCUUAAUUUUAAGUUAUUUGACGACUUUUGUUGUGAUACAAACCAUAUUAAAACAUAUAGGCCUAUGGGCUAGGCUACAUGAGGUGGUCGACUAUGAUUAGAAAAAGUCCCCCAAAAAAGGCAUUGUUUCUUACGCUGGGCAUCAUUCACAAGUGAUAAUAUAUAAUUCACAAGUGAUAGGCUAAUAUUGUCACCCAUCAGACUAUUCUUGAUUUAAUCUUGUCUUUACAUAUACUAAAUAAUAUAUGUGUGAAACACAAUGAAGGCUGGUCACCAGCGAAAACACAAGGAAGGCUGGCCACCGGCCUAUGCUGGUCUAUGCUGGGGUUUUUUCAGCAGUCUCCUCGAUUACCUUUUACCUUUUUCAAACGGAGGUGAGAAGAGAGGAAGUAGGAGUUGAGCAAAUCUUUGAUGUUCACUGAUCAACUAAUCACCUCUACUGGUGAGGAAGGAAGUAACACUCCUCAGGCAUAGAAAUAUGGGCCCAUGACCUGUGGCGGUAAUACGGUCACCGCAACAGCCCUAGUCACCACCCAUCAAUCCCUCUCAGCUUAGGGGUUGUGUCUGGAUAGUGCUUGGGUACUCACUCACUCACUCACUCACUCACUCACUCACUCACUCACUCACUCAGGCACUGUCUAAAAAUAUUACUAGCUGUCAAAUCCUUGCUUCCUCUGUCCUUGUUUCCUUCAUUCACAACCAGGGGACUCAACCAGGGGACUCAACCAGGGGACUCAACCAGGGGACGCAAUCAGGGGACACAAUCAGGGACUCAACCAGGGGACUCAACCAGGGGACACAAUCAGGGGACUCAAUCAGGGGACACAACCAGGGGACUCAAUCAGGGACUCAACCAGGGGACUCAAUCAGGGACUCAACCAGGGGACUCAACCAGGGGACUCAACCAGGGGACUCAACCAGGGGACUCAACCAGGGGACUCAACCAGGGGACUCAACCAGGGGACUCAAUCAGGGGACUCAACCAGGGGACACAAUCAGGGGACACAAUCAGGAGACUCAAUCAGGGGACACAACCAGGGGACUCAAUCAGGGGACUCAAUCAGGGGACUCAAUCAGGGGACACAAUCACAGGACUCAAUCAGGGGACUCAAUCAGGGGACGCAAUCACAGGACUCAAUCAGGGGACACAAUCACAGGACUCAAUCAGGGGACUCAAUCAGGGGACACAAUCACAGGACUCAAUCAGGGGACUCAAUCAGGGGACACAAUCACAGGACUCAAUCAGGGGACUCAAUCAGGAGACUCAAUCAGGGGACACAAUCACAGGACUCAAUCAGGGGACUCAAUCAGGGGACACAAUCACAGGACUCAAUCAGGGGACUCAAUCAGGGGACACAAUCAGGGGACGCAAUCAGUGGACCUUUCCUCAGUUCUGA